GAUAAAUUAUUCCAUUAGCAUGUUUGCUUAAAUUUUGCCUCCUACUUCGGUGACAAAAGCAAUUAUCUUGAACACACUUAUCGUAGCGAUAAUAAUUUACACAGCUGUCUAUGGCCGAAAAAUGUCAUCCGAAGCCCCGGAGAUUGACCUAGACGCUGUUUAUAACAAUAGCGUGCGCUAGAGGUAACGAAACAGUUAACAAUUAAGCUGUGGACGCAAGGAUCUCCUGAAGCUGCUGUCUGAUACGUUGCUUCGUUACUUUUCUAAUCAGCAAAUUAUUCAAGGUUGGGAACGAACAUGAAUUCUACGGCUAAUGGAAGUGAAACGCCAGUCUUUGAUCCGAAAAAUAUCGCGUUUAUAGUUAUCGCACUGUUGAUUGUGGUAUUUAAUGGUUUUGUAAUAUAUAUUGUGAAAAAUCGAAAAACACCACGUAGUAUUGGGAGCAGUGAGAAUAGCAUUUUGACAAGCUUAGCUGCAAGCGACUUUUCAUCUGGUGCUAUUGGCAUUCCUUUAACGUUUGCGUGUACUUACGCUCCUCCCAGUUAUUGUCCAAUGUGUUCCAUAAGUUACGACUUCAUAAAAUUUGUGUCCAUUUCCACAGUUCUUCAUAUUUUAGCUCUUAUUAGAGAGAGAAGUCUUACAGUGGCUCACCCGCUUCGCCAAAGAAGCAAGAAAGCCAACAUUGUAUUGAUAACAGGGAUUUGGCUGUGUAGUCUGUUUAUAUCUAGUGUUCCCUGGGUUUGGAUUGUUGGAGUCCACGGCGUUUGUUCUAAUAAAGGAUUUGAGGAAACGUGGAAUCCAUACAUCGUACACGAAAGUGUUUGUUUUCUGCUGUUUUUUGUCAUUCCGCUGCUCUUUAUUAGCAUAUUUCUGGGAAGAAUCGCAAUAGCCGUACAUCAUUUCACAAAACGGUCUUGCAGUAUGCGCAGCUUUAAAAGCGUCAAUGAACAAGCUCGAUUUCGCAAUAACGAAGUGAGAAUUUUCUUCCUAUUGCUUGGCAUAUUUCUCCUUUUUGUCGUGUGCUGGACACCGUACUUCGUGUUGACGCUGUUAUCUAUUCAUGAUGUUCACAUCGAUGUCCCUGACUGGCUUGAGUUUGCCGUGCAAUUCUCACGUUGUGUAACAAGCUUUCUAAAUCCAUUCAUCUAUGCCUUUUAUCGAGAGGACAUUUAUCAAGUCAUAAAAAGAAAACUGCGUCGCUUGGAUUUUUCUUCUAGUGUCUCUCGAGAAGAUACAUCUGUCUUCCGUCGUCAAAAAGCCACUCAAGUAACACUUGAGCUUGUUUCCAAUUGAAACAUCAAAAUGCAAGAGACGAUAAAGUGGUGACCGCAUUCUAAAUAUUCACACAAAUUUUUCUGAGCCCUAUUUUACGAAUAAUGAUAAUUCUGAUUUAUAGCAGGAUUUGAACUUGGAUACUAUUCUACGGCACAGAGUCUGGUACGUUUCGUUUUUAGACUUACACGUGCUCUUUUAGCAGAACUAUUAUUCCAUGCAAUUCUGAAUAUACAACUAAUAUUAUAUUAUACUAUUGUAUUAUACUAACUACAUUCUAAAUAUACAACUUUACAUGCGUGCGUAUAUCAUAUAGUGCGACCAACGCCUGCAUUCCAGAAGCUUGCGGCUUUACACUCAUUAAAGUGCAACUCGGAAAUCUCUCUCCCACUGAUUGAUGGCAACCUUAUUUUUACAUUAAUGAAAGACUUUUCUGGUGUGUUUCAAAUCUUGUAAUCAGGUAGAUCUAAAGCCCCACUCAGAGAGUGAGUGUGAGCAAGCUUUUAGAAUACAGGUGUAAGUCUGCACGGGUGCUAAAAUAAAAGAAUAUUUACAAUUUGCCA